AUCUUCUUCUGCGUUACUUUAGAAUUUGUGAGAUCUUGAAGAUACAGGAGGAAGAUUAAAGGCCACAUCAUGUCGAUAUCAGAUGUGGCUUCUAUGGUUGGUGGUGCUUUUCUAGGAGCUCCAGUUUCUGAGAUUUUAAAAUUGGUAAUCGAAGAGGCCAAGAAAGUGAAAGACUUCAAACCCUUAUCUCAAGAUCUUGCGUCCACGAUGGAGAGAUUGGUUCCGAUAUUCAAAGAAAUUGACUCAAUGCAACAAAGAUGCAACGGUGAACUAAUUGUUUUGAUCAAGACGUUGGAAAGAGCUGAGAAGAUGAUUAUUUCAACUGCUCAACGUAUAGAGUUCAAUGAGCAUCCCUUCUGGUUGGAAAAAUAUUGCGCUUGUCAUGAUAUUGAUGGUACUCCCAAGUGUUGCAGCUGUGAAAGAUUAGAGCCUAAAGAAACGAACUAUGUGAUGCUUGGUGAUGGUCGGUGGAUAUGUUUAGAAUGUAAUGAGUCUUCAAUUAUGGAUACUUAUGAAUGCCAACCUCUGCAUUAUGAAAUCCGUGAAUUCUUUAAAGGCUUAAACAUGGAGAUUGAGAAACAGUUUCCUCUUGUUUUGGUUGAGAAACAAGCGCUGAAUACAGCUGAGGAGGAAGAUAAGAUUGGCCAUCAUCAUGAGGUGUCAACCAGGGGUUGUUGCUUUUCCGAAGAGGUGAUCAUAACGAGUGUCUUAAGGAGGCCGAAGAUGCAGUCAAACAAUAUGUUAAUUGAAGAAAUAGAAACUGUACGGACCGUCGGUAAAUCCAAGAUCAUUUCAGUUAUGAUCUUGUAUGGACUUCCUAGGGACCUUGAGCCUGAGGUUGAAGAAGGACUAUGCCAAGUGGUGGCGCAUAUGUGGCUGGAGAGUCAGACUUACGCUUCUACCAAUGGUGCUGCGGCCUCAUCAUCGGCGUCUUCUUCUUCUCACAUGCGGGUUAACACAACAAAUGAACCUAUGUUUGAGGAGAAACUAGUGGAGUUUUGCAAGAAGCAUAUAGAAAAAGAUGAUUCACCGCUCUACGGUCUUGGAUUCAAAAGAGUUCACGAGAUGGUCACAAAUUCAAGCCUCCAUCAAACACUGAGAGGUUUUCCAAGCAGGAAGUUAAAGACGGAACGCCAGGUUCAAAUCUUAGAAUCAAACAGACGCACGUUUUCCAAUUUCAAAGGUUCAUGAAGCCAUUACUAAGUACCCCCUUCCUUUGGUGUUUGUUUGUUUUUUUUCUUUUUGUAUUCACUGCUUUGUCUUAUUUUCUUGGAAAAAACACUAUGUUCCUCU